AUGAACACGGACAAAGACAUGAUCAUGGAUAUGGACGUAGUCCCCGAUUUCCUACACUUUUCCAAUUACACCCACAGCACAACCACACCCACUUCCGAAGACGAUGACUUAAACAACACCUGGUCCCCUCUCCUCGAUUUGGAUUUCUUCACAGCCAACCAAGAUCACUUCCACGACUUCAUUGAUUCCCUCACCAACCAUGAAAUCACAACCGUUGAUCCAAAUCUAAUCAACCCUAUUGCCCAGGACGAGGAAGAAGAAAAAUCAUCAUGCAUCGGAAACGGAUCCAACUCAAAUUCCAUAACAGACACCGACACCGACGACAGAAAAGGCCUCCGUCUGGUUCACCUCCUUAUGGCCGCGGCGGAGGCUCUAACAGGCACCAACAAGAGCCACCAUCUGGCUCAAGUGAUAUUGAUUCGGCUCAAAGACUUAGUGUCUUCAACUCACGGCACAAACAUGGAGAGACUCGCCACGUAUUUCACCGACGCGCUACAAACUCUACUAAACGGCGCUGACUCUUCACACAACUCCACCCUCCAUAAGCUUUGCUCACUCACUGGACCCCACCAAACUGACCUACUCUCGGCGUUUCUGCUUCUUCAAGACAUGUCCCCUUAUGUCAAGUUCGCUCACUUCACGGCCAACCAAGCCAUCCUCGAAGCCGUUACACAUGAACGUAGAGUUCACAUCGUGGACUACGAUAUCAUGGAAGGAGCCCAAUGGGCUUCACUCAUUCAAUCACUUUCGUCACGGAAAGACGGCAUCCCGGGCCCUCAUCUCCGAAUCACUGCAUUAUCUAGAAACAAAGAGCGUGGAAGUGGACGGAGAUCCGUAGCUACCGUUCAAGAAACCGGAAAAAGAUUAACUGCGUUUGCGGCUUCCGUUGGGCAACCGUUUACUUUUCAUCAAUGUAGAUUGGAAUCAGACGAAACGUUUAGAGCGUCUUCGUUGAAGCUUGUUCGUGGUGAGGCUUUGGUGUUUAACUGUGUGAUGAAUUUGCCUCAUCUUAGUUACCGGGCUUCAGAUUCCGUUGCUUCGUUUUUGAACGGUGCGAAGAAGUUGAGAUCGAAGCUUGUGACGUUAGUUGAGGAGGAGGUUGGGCCCAUCAAUGACGCAGGCUUUGUGGGCUUGUUCAUGGAUUCGUUGCACCGUUAUUCAGCGAUGUAUGAUUCGCUUGAGGCUGGAUUUCCGAUGAAUAAAUGGGCCCGGGCUUUGGUAGAUCAAGUGUUUAUGGGCCCGAGGAUAAUGGGCUCAGUGACCCAACUAUACAUGAGUGGUGAAGAGGAGGGGCAAGAGAAGGGUUCUUGGGGGGAGUGGUUGCAUGCGGAAGGGUUCAGGGGAGUUAGCGUAAGCUACUGUAACCAUUGCCAAGCAAAGUUGUUGUUGGGUUUAUUUAAUGAUGGGUAUAGGGUGGAGGAAUUGGGUACUAAUAAGUUGGUGUUAGGUUGGAAAUCAAGGCGUUUACUUUCUGCUUCUACUUGGACUUGUAUUGCAGAGUCAGCAUUUGAGUUUUAG